UCCCUAGCCCCUUUAAAGCCUUGACAUCAAGAGGCGGACCCAGCAACCCCCCUUCUCAGCCCCUCGCCCCCGAGCCUUGGCCAUGGACCCGGCGUAUCCGGCCUGCCCUGGUCCAGCUCAGCACCUGAUUUCGGCAAGGUGACCAUUCUGGCUGUUAGAGUGAGUGUGCCAGCCUGGCCGAGGGAGCAGAGGCAGCGUGCCCGGCCUCUCGCACUUGUUCCCAGGACCUGAUGUCAGAGGCCAUGGACCAGCCGGCUGGGAGUCCUGAGAACCCGAGGCCAGGAGCGGGUGGUGAUGGCGGCAUGGAGCCGGGUACCUGCCAGGAGCUCCUGCACCGACUGCGGGAGCUGGAGGCAGAGAACUCGGCACUUGCCCAGGCCAACGAAAACCAGCGGGAGACCUAUGAGCGCUGUCUGGACGAGGUUGCCAACCAUGUGGUACAGGCACUACUGAACCAAAAGGACCUUCGGGAGGAGUGCAUCAAGCUGAAGAAGAGAGUGUUUGACCUCGAACGACAGAACCAGAUGCUGAGCUCCCUGUUUCAGCAGAAACUCCAGCUCACGACAGGCUCCCUCCCUCAGAUCCCACUUACCCCACUCCAGCCUCCAUCAGAGCCACCAGCCUCCCCCUCCCUGAGCUCCGCCGAGGGACUGGCCACCUCGCUGCCUCUGGGGCGCUGUGCUGGGCAGAGAGAGGUGUGUUGGGAGCAGCAGCUGCGGCCAGGAGGCCCAGGACCCCCGGCUGCCCCACCCCCAGCGCUGGAUGCCCUGUCCCCAUUCCUUCGAAAGAAAGCCCAGAUCCUGGAGGUGCUGAGAGCUCUGGAAGAGACUGACCCCUUGCUUCUCUGCUCACCUGCCACCCCCUGGCGGCCUCCAAGCGAGGGUCCUGGCUCCCCAGAGCCCAUCAACGGCGAGCUGUGUGGCCCACCCCAGCCCGAGCCCUCCCCCUGGCCCCCCUACCUGCUACUAGGCCCUGGUAGCCUGGGAGGCCUGCUACACUGGGAGCGCCUCUUGGGGAGCCAUGGGGAGGAAGAGGGUGCUGGGCGGCCCUGGGGCCCUAGUAGGGCCUCCCUGCAGGCCCAAGGAGCCAUCUCUGGUCCACCCUGUGCCCCAGGCAGCAGCUCCUCCUCCUCUUCUGAUGAGGCAGGUGAUCCCAAUGAGGCACCCAGCCCCGACACCCUGCUUGGGGCCCUGGCCCACAAACAGCUGAACCUGGGUCAGCUCCUUGAGGACACAGAGUCUUACCUACAGGCCUUCCUGGCCGGGGCCACCGGCCCACUCAACGGGGACCACCCAGGCUCCAGGCAGCCAUCCUCCCCAGACCAGGGCCCCCCACAGCUAUCCAAGUCCAAAGGCUUCCCCAAGUCAGCUUGGGGUGCGGGUACUCCAGAGGCUCACAGGCCAGUCUUUGGUGCUACCUCAGAGGGCCAGGAGCCCCUCCCCUUCCUCAGCAUGUUCAUUAGUGCGGGGGACGCCCCCCUGGGCUCUCGACCUGGCCACCCCCACUCCUCAUCUCAGGUGAAAAGCAAGCUCCAAAUCGGCUCCCCUUCUCCCGGGGAAGCCCAGGGACCCCUUCUGCCCUCUCCAGCCAGAGGGCUCAAGUUUCUAAAGUUGCCUCCAGCCUCGGAGAAGGUCCCCAGCCCAGGAGGCCCCCAGCUCAGCCCUCAGCUCCCCCGGAACUCCCGAAUCCCCUGCCGGAACAGCGGCUCAGAUGGCAGCCCCUCCCCACUGCUGGCCCGAAAGGGCCUGGGUGGAGGAGAACUGUCCCCAGACGGGGUCCAGGGCCUGCCCACCAGCCCUUCACCCUGCUCCACAACCCCGGACUCUGCACAGCUCCGACCUCCCCAGCCAGCCUUCUCCACCACGCUGUCCCCUGGGUCGCCCUGCUACGAGAACAUCCUGGACCUUUCCCGGAGCACCUUUAGGGGGCCUUCUCCAGAGCCACCCCCACCCCCGUUGCAGGUGCCCACCUACCCACCACUAACUCUGGAGGUGCAGCAGGCCCCUGAGGUCCUCAGAAGCCCCGGAGCCCCCCUUAGCCCUUGCCUCCCAGAAUCCUGCCCCUACGGGAGCCCCCAGGAGAAAAACGUGGACAAGGCAGGCUUGGAGUCUCCCCAUCCUUGCCGCAGGGCCCCAGGCAGCUCAGCCAAGAAGCCCAACCAGGGGGCAGGACGGCGACCUGGAGAUCCUGGCCACACCCCUCUGCGGGACAGGCUGGCAGCCCUGGGGAAGCUGAAGACGGGCCCCGAGGGGUCCCAGGGCCCAGAGAAGAACGGGGUGCCAGCCAGGCUUGGCACCGAGAAGGUGCGGGGAGCAGGGAGGUCAGGGGAGAGUCCUGGAGACCUGGCACUCUCCAUCCCCAGGCCCCCUGAGCAGCCAGAAGCCAAGGGGGCCCUGCGGGGGGCAGUGGCCUUGGGCACAAGCAGCCUAAAGCAACAGGAACCUGGACUCCUAGGGGAGCCCGGGGCCCGAGUCUACUCCUCCCACUCCAUGGGGGCCCGCGUGGACCUGGAGCCUGUCUCACCGAGGAGCUGCCUCACCAAAGUGGAGCUGGCCAAGAGCCGGCUGGCAGGGGCCCUGUGUCCCCAGGUGCCCCGCACCCCUGCCAAAGUGCCAGCCUCAGCCCCCAGCCUGGGCAAACCCAGUAAGAGCCCCCACGGCAGCCCGACAAAGCUACCUUCCAAGUCACCUACCAAGGUGGUGCCCCGACCUGUGGCCCUGCCAGCCACCAAGGAGCCCCCCAAGCCUGACAAGGGGAAGGGCCCACCCUGGACAGACUGUGGUAGCACCAUGGCUCAGCCCACACCCUCAGCACCUGGCCCUGCUGACCCAAGCCAGGGUCCUGAGGGGCGUGCCCUACACUCGGCCAUUGAGGAGAAGGUGAUGAAGGGCAUCGAGGAGAACGUACUGCGGCUCCAGGGUCAGGAGCGGGCACCAGGCACCGAGGCUAAGCACCGAAACACUAGCAGCAUUGCCAGCUGGUUUGGCCUUAAGAAGAGCAAGCUGCCAGCACUAAACCGCCGCACAGAGGCCACCAAGAGCAAGGAAGGGGCCAGCGGGGGCUCCCCGCUCCGGAAGGAGGUAAAGGUAGAAUCCCGGAAGCUGGAGGCAGAGAGCCUCAACAUCUCCAAGCUGAUGGCUAAGGCAGAGGAUUUGCGCCGGGCGCUGGAGGAGGAGAAGGCCUACCUGAGCAGCAGGGCCCGGCCGCGGCCCGGGGGACCAGCACCAGGGCCCAGUGCAGGGCUGGGGCAGGUCCAGGGUCAGCUGGCUGGCAUGUACCAGGGCGCAGACACCUUCAUGCAGCAGCUGCUCAACAGGGUGGAUGGCAAGGAGCUGCCACCCAAGAGCUGGAGGGAGCCCAAACCUGAGUAUGGUGACUUCCAGCCAGUGUCCUCUGACCCCAAGAACCCCUGGCCAGCCUGUGGGCCCCGAAAUGGCCUGGUGGGCCCUCUUCAGAGCUGCGGAAAACCUGGGAAGCCAAGCAGCGAGCCAGGAAGGCGGGAAGAGAUGCCUUCAGAGGUCAGCCUGGCCGAGCCAGUGCCCACCUCACACUUCACAGCCUGUGGCUCCUUGACUCGAACCCUGGACAGUGGCAUUGGGACCUUCCCGCCCCCAGACCAUGGCAGCAGUGGGACCCCCAGCAAGAAUCCUCCCAAGACCAAGCCACCGCGGCUGGAGCCCCCACCCGGGGGGCCCCCACCGGGCAUCGAGGAGCUGCUGGUGAGCGGGCGGCACCCCAGCAUGCCGGCCUUCCCCGCACUGCUCACUGCUGCUCCCGGCCACCGGGCCCAUCAGACCUGCCCUGACGAUCCCUGUGAAGACCCAGGACCUCUCCCUCCUGUCCAGCUGGCCAAAAACUGGACCUUCCCCAAUGCCAGGGCAGCCGGUGGCUCCACUGACCCUUUCCUGUGCCCACCCCGACAACUGGAGGGGCUGCCCAGGACCCCCAUGGCCCUGCCUGUGGACCGGAAGCGGAGCCUGGAGCGCAGCCGGCCAGCCACUGCCACGCCCCCGGGCCCGGCGUUUGGGGGUAGCCGUACUCCCAGCACAUCGGACAUGGCUGAGGAAGGCAGAGUGGCCAGUGGGGGCCCCCCAGGGCUGGAGACCUCCGAGUCUCUCAGCGACUCACUCUACGACUCGCUCUCCUCCUGCGGGAGUCAGGGCUGAGGAGCUGCGCCUCGCCUCGGCCCCUCUCAGACACAGCCUGGACCGCUCUCCUCAGGCCCUGCCCCCUCAGGGCCAUGCGGCUCCUCCCUGCAGGGACCAAAGAGGCAGAUGGACCAGAAGGUGAAGGGGGCGCCUGGCACCCCCCUGCCCUCCGCUGCUGUGGAGGAGAUGACCACUCUCAGCUCAGGGAGAGACCCCACCUUUGGUCCUUCCUCUCACCCAGAGUCAGGCUCUUCCUCGGAGGGACUGGGUUCCAGGCCGCUGCCCCAGCCCUAGCUCCUACUUCAGGCUGAGCCAUCUCGUGGUGCUGGGCUUCCUGCCCGCCAGCUGUGCCAUCUCCGCCAACCUGGCUGCUCCCUGCCCCUAGCCCCUACGGGGCCAGCUGGAGGCCCCGCGCUGGUGGAGUUUGGGGGCGAGGGGUCAAGUUGCCUUCUCUCUCAUCUGCCCUGGUCCUCCUUGCUGUCUGGAUGGUGCUGCCCUCCCCUGUCCCAUGUCUUUGGGGUCAUUUGUCAGUCUUUGUUGUUGUUUUUUUUAUACAUUAAAGCACAUGGCCCAAUCCCCACUCCCCACCCUCAUCCCGCACUGCGGUUAAUUUAUCUGUCGUUACAAAUGCGGCUGCUCUGCUUCCAGCCUCUGCUUCUGCAGUAUCCCUAAUAAAACAUGAAGGCCCCGCUGUA